CUGGCCUGUGGUUUCUAUUUGCUGGAGAUGGCUGCGAUUGGCAUCCUGAAGGUUUGAAGGUCUGGAUCAUUCAGUAGACGACAGCAGUUCAGACCGACCUACAGCCCUGUAGUCUUCUUGUACAGAAUAGCCUUUUGUCUUUCUUUGUCCUAAAGUGGCCUCUGGCUUGGCGCCCUGUCUGCAUAUUCUGGCUUCUCUUGAAACGACUCUUCAGCACACGAGAGGAUUCUCUUCAAGAACCUGGGCGGCUGGAGAGAGGUCCACUUCUCCACACUUGCCCAUCUGACCGCUCUCACUUGUCCAUCUGCUGCUCUUUUUUUUUUAGAUUUUCUACCACAGCCACAUGCAGCAGUGGACUACCACUUUUUUGAUAAAUGGAGAUGUUUUUGUUUUGUCUCUUGAUUACUGAUUUCAAUUACAUGCAGCAAUUUUAUUUCUCAAGUUGCUCCUUUUGAGGGCCUGAGGUUCUGCGGUCACUUGGACGCAAUCCUUCUUCGAUUGCAUUCCUGCAUGAAGGUAUCAAAUUUUAUCUACCUGACCCAUCGGAGUAAGGCAACACCGAACCAGGAGAGCAAUACACACACAUGUUCCUGUGACAAGUCUAGAUCGUUCUUUACAGGCAGAAGGAAGACACUCACUGCCAGACAUCUCAAGAGCAACUCUGGGAACCCUUUUCUGAAGUUGAGUGAAUCCUGCAUGGCUGAGCUUUGUGUAGUUUGUGUUUAAUAAUUCAUUAUAUCAAAGAAACGUGGGAGAAAGUUGACACAGUGAAUGUCUGGGAAAGAAAACAGGAAAAGGUCUUGAGAGGCUUCUUCAAGAAGUUUGGAGAGAGAAUUCGACAAAACAUCUGAAGUUUUCAUAAAGUUAACACCAGCAUCCUAAAGAAGUUGAACAAUAUAGACUGAAAGGCAAGCAGAGCGGAGAGACGUGUAUCCUGACGACCCGUAGGAGGACGGAGCGGUUGAAGGGCUUAAGUAGCCCUUAGCAGUCCUUAACUGGACCACCAGCAGGAGUAAAAGUGUCGUCCCGGUUGUGGCCCGAGGAGGCGUGGUACAGAGAGGGUGGCGGGAUGGUGAACACAGGAAUGCAGUUGAUAAGCUUCACCUGUGCUGUAACAGGUUGGGUGAUGGCUAUCGCUGUGACAGCACUGCCCCAGUGGAAGGUCACAGCGUUCAUAGGGCCCAACAUCCUGACGUCGGAGAUCGUCUGGCAGGGUAUAUGGAUGAACUGCAUCUACCAGACUACUGGUCACAUGCAGUGCAAAACUUAUGACUCCUUGCUGGCCCUGCCGCCAGACAUCCAGGCAGCACGGGCGCUCAUGUGUGUGGCCAUCUUCCUGGGCUGGCUGUCCUGCACAGUGUCCUGCUGUGGCAUGAAGUGCACCACCUGCGCCGGGGACGAUCGCCAUGCCAAGGCUGGCAUAGCGCUGUCCGGCGGGGUGCUCUUCAUCCUCACAGGCCUGUGCGUGCUCAUUCCGGUGUCAUGGACAGCCAACACGGUGGUGCAGGAUUUCUAUAACCCAAACGUCCCUAUCCAGAACAAGCGCGAACUGGGCCAGGCCAUCUACCUGGGCUGGGCCGCAGCUGUCAUCCUCAUGAUCAGUGGGGUGGUACUCAGUAGCACCUGCCCACACAUGGAGAAAGCAGCCUACAGGCGGGGCUACAUAGGUCGCAGCUUCGCGAACAGCAGGCCCUCUACCAUGGACCCUCCCAAACCCAUCACCACCAACAGCCUGCCCCUUAAGGAGUAUGUCUAGGGUGGAGGAGCAGGAGUUAAAGUAACUGAAGAUGCUCCCAUGAAACAAGAACAAAGUAAUAUGAUGAUAAUUGAGACAGAAAUUGAGUUAGUUAAACCAGUGGUUGCCAACCCUGUUUCUGGAGUUUUCCCUUCUCUAACACUCCAACUUCAACUCAUAAAGGUGUAUUAGCUGAUUAGUUGGAUCAAGAGUGAUGAAGCAAGGUGGGUCCUCCAGGACCAGGGUCAUGAACCACUGAGUUACAAUACCAUUCAAAAGUUUGGAAUCACUUGUCGUAGUAAGAUGGAACUCAACACGUUUUCCUUCUGUACCACAACAUUUCUGAAAACAUGAAGCACGGUGUCAGGCAGGGUCUCUGAGCUGGCUGAACGUUUCUCUGGACGAUUUAAGUGGGAGAUGGCACAUGAUUAUUGGUUAAUAUUAUGCUGGUGCAUGGUCAUGUAAUCCAAACCCAGAAUAUGUUUUUUUCUUUAAAUGACCAGGAACUUGAAAUAUUAAAUCUAA